UAGCGGAACUACCGAGAGAGCGAUUGAGAGAGAGAGAGAGGAGGGGGGGGGGGAGGAGGAUGGCAGAGCUACAAAGAUCUGCGACGACGUUCAGGAGGUCAGGUUCAUCAGGGCUGGUGUGGGAUGAGAGGUUGUUCUCCGAGAAGAAGAAGGAAAAGGAGGAGGAGGAGGAGAAGGAGGAGGAAGGAGCCGAAGAAAUCAGGGAGCUGAAGCACUCGAAGGGCGUGGGGUCGACCCGCCGAACGAUGGGACGCAACCGCAGCACCGGCGACGGCAGGCACGCCUUCCGUGCAGGUGUCCUCCCGCCGAACGUCGACCCGCCAUCUCCUAAGGUCCCUCGUUGCCUUUGCUGUGGAUUCUUCGGCAAGCGCGGAUCGGCAAGGCCGUCGAAGCCAAGAAGCCAGUGAGCCUGGCGGCCACCAUGACCAACCUUCAUGCUGCUGCUGCUUCUCCUUCUUCUUCUUUGUCAGCAGACAAUAGUAUUUUGUCAUGUAAUUGUUGUUCCAAGGCCGAUUAAUUCUGUACAGAUGACAAAGGAUGCAGUCUGUGUCACCCUGAAAUCUCGAGUCAUUGAGAUCAGCAAAUAGGAAUUAGACUCUUUUCUUCCUUGCAGUUCAUCCUCUGAAUCCUGAAGCCAAAGGAAACAUAGAUGAGAUGUUGGGUUCUCUC